AUGGCGGCUGGGCUCCUGCCCCUGCUCCCGCUGCUGCUGCUGCUACCGGGCCGGGGGCCGCCGGGGGCCCUGGGCAACCGGCACGCCGUGCACUGGAACAGCUCCAACCCGCACCUGCGGCGGGAGGGCUACACGGUGCAGGUGAAUGUCAACGAUUACCUGGACAUCUACUGCCCGCACUACAACGCCUCGGUGCCCGAGCACCGGCUGGAGCAGUACGUGCUGUACAUGGUGAAUGCGGAGGGGUACCGCACCUGCAACACCAGCCAGGGCUUCAAGCGCUGGGAGUGCAACCGGCCCCACGCGCCCCACAGCCCCAUCAAGUUCUCGGAGAAGUUCCAGCGCUACAGCGCCUUCUCACUGGGCUACGAGUUCCGUGCGGGGCAGGAGUACUACUACAUAUCCACGCCGACACACAACCACCGCCGGGCCUGCCUGAAGAUGAAGGUGUUUGUCUGCUGUGCCUCCACGUCGCACUCCGGGGAGAAGCUGGCGCCCACCCUGCCCCAGUUCACCCUGCGGCCUGAGGUGAAGAUCGAGGACCUGGAAAACUUCAACCCGGAGAUGCCGAAGCUGGAGAAGAGCAUCAGCGGCACCAGCCCCAAGCGGGAACACUUGCCCCUGGCCGUGGCUGCCGCUCUCUUCCUCAUGACGCUGUUGGCCUCGUAGCUCCCGGCGCCCGCGGGGGCCCGGCCAGAGCCGCUCUGCCGAAUG